GUGAUCGAACCCUAGACGUUAACGUUCUGUGGCCACCACGUUACACUUGAGCCAAUAGGUGACUGUCACACUAUGUCGUGAGCCGACAGAAGUUGGAAAUAUGAACCAUUAGAUUCCGACUAAACGGCUAAAUGAUAACUUGCUGGUCAUCGAACCUGAAUCAGAUAUCUUGAAUAUUUUAGAUUUGCCUACUUAUGAAAUUGCAUACAAUUAAACCACAGUUUGGUAUUUUAUCAGAUUUGGAGAGUAUACAGUCCAAAAUCACCUGGUUAAAUAAAAAGAUUGCAACAAAUAAAGAAAGACGAGAAACAGUUCGCAAAGAUAUAGUGAAUACAGAACAGCAACUACGUGGACAAAUAAGAAAAAUUAAUGGUAAAUUAGCACUUCAAAAGGAAUCUAUCGAUAAAUAUGUCAAGUGUAAAAAACAAAACUGUGAAGGUGAAAUCGGAUAUCAACUUAUGCAAGACUUUCUAGAUAUUAUCCAGAGGGAAGAAAGAAAUUUCAACGUGACCAUCGGUAACUUAUCUACGGUUAAAAAAUGCUUUAAAGAGAGGCAACAGGCGUAUCAACAAAUGAUGCAGAAUAAUUCCGAUGAAGAAUGUUAUUCGAUGCAUCCCAGAAACUCGCAACCAGGUAUUUGAUAACUUCUUGUCUACUUGGUAAACUGUGAUAUAAAUUAAAUUUAUUGUUAUAGUGAAAACCACCAUUUAGGUAUUUAUACUAAUAUAGUUGUUUGUAGAUUUCAUUCUUCAUAAAGCUAUUGCUUGGUGAUAAUCACUAGUUGAUGUAAGAUCAAAUUCAUUCACCAUCACCAAAGAAGCUUGACAUUACUUUGUAACAGGUUCAAAUGCAACAACUCAUUACGACGAUAAAAUGAAAGUAUUGUGUUGAAGUAUUUGCGCUACUCAGAUCAGUUAUCAACCAUAUCACCUAAAGUCUGUAACCAAUAAUCUUGGUCUUCGAGCAUACCUUAACUGGGAAGUUUAUAUUUCCCCUACAUGAUCCAAAUCAAC